AAAUUAUAUCAUAAUCACACAUGUGUGUAAAUAUAUAUAUAUAUGUAUGUAUAUAUAUAAAAGACAAACAUAGUACUAUGAUGUAGUGCAUUUAUAAACGAGUAAUUGAGCCACAAAACCAAGCCCAACCCUUUCUCCUCCCCCUCUCUUUGCCUUUGAGACCACUCCAAUGGAGGAGAAUAAGCAGCCACUCCUUUCCACAAGAGGAGAACAACAAAACAAUAACCCUUCAACGAAUAACACUUCUUCACAAGCUUCCUCCUUCACCCCCGGUGCUGACGACAUCCCGCCAAUCGGUGGCGUCCGGGACUUCUACAGAGAGUUCUGCGCGGAAUCAAAGAGGCUCUGGUACUUGGCCGGCCCUGCCAUCUUCACCACCAUAUGCCAAUACUCCCUCGGCGCCGUCACCCAAGUCUUCGCCGGCCAGGUCGACACUCUCUCCCUCGCCGCCUUCUCUGUCGAGAAUUCUGUCAUCGCCGGAUUCUCCUUCGGCGUCAUGCUUGGCAUGGGUAGCGCUCUGGAAACUCUGUGCGGACAAGCGUUUGGAGCAGGUCAGCUCGAUAUGCUUGGGAUCUAUAUGCAGCGGUCGUGGGUGAUUCUUAACGGGAUGGGCCUAGUAUUGUUGUUCCUCUACAUAUUUGCGGAGCGGCUGCUGAAGCUGAUCGGGCAGACGACGGAGAUAUCGGAGGCGGCCGGGGAGUUGGCCAUAUGGAUGAUCCCUCAGCUGUUCGCGUACGCCGUGAACUUUCCGAUCGCCAAGUUCUUGCAGGCGCAGAGCAAGAUGGCGGCGAUGGCGUGGAUAGCGGCGGUGGUUCUGGUGCUCCACACCUUCUUCAGCUGGCUGCUGAUGCUGAAGCUGGGGUGGGGCCUUGCCGGCGGCGCCGUGGUGCUGAACGCCUCAUGGUGGUUCAUAGUGGUGGCGCAGCUGGUUUAUAUUUUUAGUGGGACUUGUGGGAGAGCUUGGUCGGGGUUUUCGUGGAAGGCGUUUCAGAAUCUGUGGGGAUUUGUUAGGUUGUCUCUUGAAUCAGCCGUCAUGCUCUGUUUGGAAACGUGGUACUUCAUGGCACUUGUUCUCUUCGCUGGAUAUCUAAAGAAUGCAGAGAUUUCGGUGGAUGCUUUGUCUAUAUGCAUGAACAUAUUGGGAUGGACAGUCAUGGUAGCUAUUGGCAUAAAUGCAGCAAUAAGUGUGAGGGUAUCCAAUGAGCUAGGAGCGGCUCAUCCAAGAACAGCAAAAUUCUCGUUAGUGGUGGCAGUGAUAACUUCAUUCGUACUUGGUGCCGUAUUAUCACUUAUCUUGAUCAUCUCUCGAAAGGUGUAUCCUUCACUUUUUUCAAAUAACACAGAGGUCAAGACUCUUGUUAAGCAGCUCACCCCGAUUUUAGCCUUUUGCAUUCUCAUCAACAACAUUCAACCCGUUUUAUCUGGGGUAGCCAUUGGAGCGGGAUGGCAAGCUGCUGUAGCUUAUGUGAACGUCGCUUGCUAUUAUCUAUUUGGGAUACCUUUGGGUCUUUUAAUGGGAUAUAAGCUCAACAUGGGUGUUACAGGAAUUUGGAGUGGUAUGGUUUGCGGGACACUGGUUCAGACUUUUAUUCUUUUCUUGAUGGUUUAUAAAACCAAUUGGAACAAAGAGGCUUCCGUGGCUGAAGAUAGGAUAAGGAAAUGGGGAAGGCACAUAGAUUCCAGAAAAAACGACGAAGAAAGAUGAAGAGCAGGGAGAUUUCAGUUUCCAAGUGAAGAAGAAAACAUGUAGGAGAUAUUUGUUAUGUCUGCAACGUUAAGAGGCCCAACUAUGGCACCCUUUUGUUCUUCUUCCAAGUUAGGAAAUAUAUAUUAUUGUUUCUCUUCAACAA